AUGGAUUCAUCAAGCUCUGCCUUACUGCCUUCUUCUCUGCAACACGCCAGGAUUAACACUCUACCGGAGACGGCGUACUAUAUUCCUAACUUCAUAACCGAGCAAGAAGAACAGAACAUUUUGGACAAGAUCUCAAGCGCUCCCAAACCCAGGUGGAAACAGCUUACAAAACGACGUCUUCAGACCUGGCCUUCAGAUCUCGCCAACAACAAACUCCUUGAAGCUCCCCUCCCUCUCUGGCUUCAAGACCCAGUCAUAUCCCGUCUGCUCUCGAUGCCAUCCCAUGACUCCUCAUCAGCCAACAUAUUCGAAAGAAGUCCUCACAAGAAGCCGAACCAUGUCCUCAUCAAUGAGUAUCCACCUGGUAUUGGUAUCAUGCCACAUAAGUUGAGUGAUGGUGCAGCAUACUGGCCGGUUGUAGCGACCGUCAGCCUUGGAGCUAGCUUGUGCCUGAACCUGCAUCGCAGCAAGGAGGACGGCGCUCUUGAUCCUGAACCUGCUUGGAGAAUCCUCCAGGAACCCCGUAGUUUACUCAUUACAACUAGCGAGCUGUAUACCGACUAUCUCCAUGGGAUUGCUGAUAUCGAAGAAGAUGUUGACUUGAGUGCCGAAACUGUUGCCAACUGGGAUUUGCUCGGUUCUCCCGGUGUAUACGCCAACGGCCGGAAUAUUCGUCAAACUCGCACAAGCCUGACUUAUCGAGAUGUUCUUCAGGUAUCAAAAGUCGCGAACAAGCUCGGCAUCUUCCUCAAACGAUAA